GCAGUGCCGCCCGCCCCGUCCCGGCCUCGGGUGUCCCCCUCCGCCGGCGGCCGCACCUGCUCCGGCCAUGAUGAGCUUCAGCGGCGCGGACGCGCUGCUGGGCGCCCCGUUCGCGCCGCUCCAUGGAGGCGGCAGCCUGCACUACGCGUUGGCCCGCAAGGGCGGAACGCGCUCUACCGCCGGCUCAUCCAGUGGCUUCCACUCCUGGGCGCGGACAUCCGUGAGCUCCGUGUCGGCCUCUCCGAGCCGCUUCCGUGGCGCAGCAGCCACCUCAAGCACCGACUCCCUAGACACGCUGAGUAACGGACCGGAGGGCUGCGUGGUGGCAGCAGCCGCGGCCCGCAGCGAGAAGGAGCAGCUGCAGGCGCUGAAUGACCGCUUCGCGGGCUACAUCGACAAGGUACGGCAGCUCGAGGCUCACAACCGCAGCCUGGAAGGCGAGGCGGCGGCCCUGCGGCAGCAGCACGCUGGCCGCGCCGCCAUGGGCGAGCUGUACGAGCGAGAGGUGCGCGAGAUGCGCGGCGCUGUGCUGCGCCUGGGCGCGGCGCGCGGCCAGCUGCGCCUGGAGCAGGAGCACCUGCUCGAAGACAUUGCGCACGUGCGCCAGCGCCUAGACGACGAGGCCCGGCAGCGGGAAGAAGCUGAGGCGGCGGCGCGCGCACUCGCGCGCUUUGCGCAAGAGGCCGAGGCGGCGCGCGUCGAGCUGCAGAAGAAGGCGCAAGCGCUGCAGGAAGAGUGCGGCUACCUGCGGCGUCACCACCAGGAGGAGGUGGGCGAGCUGCUCGGCCAGAUCCAGGGCUGCGGCGCCGCGCAGGCGCAGGCGCAGGCCGAGGCGCGCGACGCCCUGAAGUGCGACGUGACGUCGGCGCUGCGCGAGAUCCGCGCGCAACUUGAAGGCCACGCGGUGCAGAGCACUCUGCAGUCGGAGGAGUGGUUCCGAGUGAGGCUGGACCGACUAUCAGAGGCAGCCAAGGUGAACACAGACGCCAUGCGCUCAGCCCAGGAGGAGAUAACAGAGUAUCGCCGGCAGCUGCAGGCUAGGACCACAGAGCUGGAGGCACUCAAAGGCACCAAGGACUCACUAGAGAGGCAGCGCUCUGAACUGGAGGACCGUCAUCAGGCUGACAUCGCAUCCUACCAGGAGGCCAUCCAGCAGCUGGACACUGAGCUGAGGAACACCAAGUGGGAGAUGGCAGCCCAGCUCCGAGAGUACCAGGACCUGCUCAAUGUCAAGAUGGCUCUGGAUAUUGAGAUUGCCGCUUACAGAAAACUCCUGGAGGGUGAAGAAUGUCGGAUUGGCUUUGGCCCCAGUCCUUUCUCCCUUCCAGAAGGACUCCCCAAAAUUCCCUCUACAUCCACUCACAUAAAGGUCAAAAGUGAAGAGAAGAUCAAAGUGGUAGAAAAGUCAGAGAAGGAAACCGUGAUUUUGGAGGAACAGACAGAGGAGAUCCAAGUGACUGAAGAAGUGACUGAAGAAGAAGAGAAAGAGGCCAAAGAGGAGAAAGGUGAGGAAGAGGAAGCAGAAGAGGGAGAAGAAGAAACAAAGUCUCCCCCAGCAGAAGAGGCUGCAUCUCCAGAGAAGGAAGAGGCCAAGUCCCCAGAAAAGGCUAAGUCCCCCAUGAAAGAAGAAGCAAAAUCACCAGCUGAGGCCAAGUCCCCAGUGAAGGAAGAGGCCAAGUCUCCAGCUGAGGUGAAGUCCCCUGAGAAAGCUAAAUCCCCCAUGAAAGAAGAAGCAAAAUCUCCAACGGAGGUGAAAUCCCCAGAGAAGGCCAAGUCCCCAGCUAAGGAAGAAGCAAAGUCCCCUGUGGAGGCCAAGUCCCCCGAAAAGGCCAAGUCUCCAGUAAAGGAAGAGGCCAAGUCCCCUGAGAAGGCCAAGUCCCCAGUGAAGGAGGAGGCCAAGUCCCCAGAGAAGGCCAAGUCCCCAGUGAAGGAGGAGGCCAAGUCCCCUGAGAAGGCCAAGUCCCCAGUGAAGGAGGAGGCCAAGUCCCCAGAGAAGGCCAAGUCCCCGGUGAAGGAGGAGGCCAAGUCCCCUGAGAAGGCCAAGUCCCCGGUGAAGGAGGAGGCCAAGUCCCCAGAGAAGGCCAAGUCCCCAGUGAAGGAGGAGGCCAAGUCCCCCGAGAAGACCAAGUCCCCAGUGAAGGAGGAGGCCAAGUCCCCAGAGAAGGCCAAGUCCCCCGAGAAGGCCAAGUCUCCAGUGAAGGAGGAGGCCAAGUCCCCUGAGAAGGCCAAGUCUCCAGUGAAGGAGGAGGCCAAGUCCCCUGAGAAGGCCAAGUCCCCGGUGAAGGAGGAAGCCAAAUCCCCAGAGAAGGCCAAGUCUCCAGUGAAGGAGGAGGCCAAGUCCCCUGAGAAGGCCAAAUCCCCAGUGAAGGAGGAGGCCAAGUCCCCAGAGAAGCCCAAGUCCCCGGUGAAGGAGGAGGCCAAGUCCCCUGAAAAGGCCAAGUCCCCUGAGAAGGCCAAGUCCCCGGUGAAGGAGGAGGCCAAGUCCCCUGAGAAGGCCAAGUCCCCGGUGAAGGAGGAGGCCAAGUCCCCUGAGAAGGCCAAGUCCCCGGUGAAGGAGGAGGCCAAGUCCCCUGAGAAGGCCAAGUCCCCAGUGAAGGAGGAGGCCAAGUCCCCCGAGAAGGCCAAGUCCCCAGUGAAGGAGGAGGCCAAGUCCCCUGAAAAGGCCAAGUCCCCAGAGAAGGCCAAGUCCCCGGUGAAGGAGGAGGCCAAGUCCCCAGAGAAGGCCAAGUCCCCUGAGAAAGCCAAGUCCCCAGUGAAGGAGGAGGCCAAGUCCCCUGAGAAGGCCAAGUCCCCAGAGAAGGUCAAAUCUCCUGUGAAAGAAGAGACCAAGGCUCCUGAGAAAGAGGUCACAAAGAAGGAAGAGGCAAAGUCCCCCAUAAAGGAGGAAGAGAAACCCCAGGAAGUGAAAGUCAAAGAGCCCGCAAAGAAGGCAGAGGAAGAGAAAGCUCCAGCCACACCAAAAACUGAGGAGAAGAAGGACAGCAAGAAAGAUGAGGUGCCAAAGAAGGAGGCUCCAAAGCCUGAGGUCCCCGAAAAGAAGGAGCCUGCUGUGGAGAAACCCAAAGAAUCCAAAGUUGAAGCCAAGAAAGAGACUGAAGAUAAGAAAAAAGCAGUGACCCCAGAGAAGGAGGUUCCUGCCAAGGUGAAGGAAGAAGCCAAACCCAAAGAGAAGGCUGAGGUGGCCAAGAAGGAGCAAGAUGAUGCCAAGGCCAAAGAACCCAGCAAAGCAGCAGAGAAGGAGCCAGAAAAGCCAAAGAAGGAAGGGACACCUGCAGCACCCGAGAAAAAAGAUGUCAAGGAGGAGAAGACCCCAGAAGCCAAGAAAUCUGAGGAGAAACCCAAAGCAGAGGCCCCAGCCAAAGAAGAGCCCAGCAAGGAGGCCCCCACACCUGGCAAAGCCAAGACAGAAAAGGCUGAGAAAUCCUCUAGCACAGACCAAAAAGACAGCAGGCCUGCAGAGAAGGCCACAGAAGACAAGGCCUCCAAGGGGGAGAAGUAAGGCAGGGAGAAAGGACUAUCCAGAACAGCCAAAGAUACUCAGGAGGGCCCAGGAGCUCAAGGGUCGACAUAACAAAUUUUCAUUUUUUCUCCCUUUUCUUUAUAUAAAAAGAAACUCUGCUUAGAUGAUGGGGCCCUCCUUCACCAAACAGGAAUUUCUAUUAGCAAUAUGUUAGCAAGAGAGGGUAUUCCCAGUCCCCUGGCCCUACACCCCAAACCCUCCCCAGGCGAUGGACAAUUAUGUUAUGAUAGCUUACGUAGCCGAAUGUGAUAUAUGCCGAAUGCCACAUGUAAACACUUGACUAUAAAAACUGACCCCCUCCUUUCUAAAUAAGUGCAUUUAUUACCUGUAUGUGCAAUUGACAGAUGAUCGCAAUAAUGAAUGAGCAGUUAGAAACACAUUAUGCUUGAGAUGUCUUAACCUAUUCCUGAAUGCCUUCUGUUUUCCAAAGGAGUGGCUGAGCCCUUGCCCAGAGCUCUCUAUCCUGGAAGAGCUGGAGCAGGUGGGGCUGGGCACUGGCCACUGAAUCAUGCCAGGGCGCACUUUUCCACUGGAGUCCACUUUCAAUUGCUUCUGUGCAAUAAAACCAAGUGCUUAUAAAAUGAAAA